GGUAAACCUUUCCCUUUGAUGAGCUCUAUUGUCCACCUGUCACGCUCGACAGCCAUUGUGUGUCUAUAGGAACAGGAAAACACGUCAUGUAGUCUGCUAGCACCAUGAGUGCUGUAGUGGACAAGUCUUGCCUGGAAAACGGACAGAACUUUGGCUUCGAAUUCGAAGGCUCAGGGUCGAAGAACAAGGGACGUGCCAUGCAGAAUAUAAAGUGUGUUGUCGUUGGAGAUGGUGCCGUUGGUAAGACGUGCCUCCUGAUCAGCUACACGGCAAACGAGUUCCCCAUGGAGUACGUCCCGACCGUGUUCGACAACUACAGCGCUAACGUCAUGGUGGACGGCGCGCCCGUGUGCCUCGGACUGUGGGACACCGCCGGACAGGAGGACUACGACAGACUCAGACCGCUGUCUUACCCUAACACGGACAUUUUUCUGGUCUGCUUUUCUGUUAACAGUCAUACGUCGCUUUCAAACGUUGAAGCGAGGUGGAAGCCGGAAUUAUCGAGGCACGAACCUGAAGUUCCCAUUCUUCUGGUGGGGACAAAGAGCGACCUCCGGGAUGACGAAAAUUCAAAAGAGACCAUGGUCACGCAGGAUGAAGCAAUGGCAAUGGCGAAGGGAAUAGACGCUGUCCAGUACGCAGAAUGUUCGGCUUUGACUCAAGCCGGUUUGAAGGACGUUUUCGACAGUGCCAUCCGUGUGGUCCUACAAAAAACAGCGGACAGACGGCGGGCAAAGAAGAGUAGUUCUCCACUAUGUAGCGUUCUGUAACCCAUUCACCAAUCAGUGUACUGCCAGAGAACUUAUCAACCAAUCAGCGUACUGUCAGAGAACUUAAUAACCAAUCAGCGUACUGUCAGAGAACUCAUUCACCAAUCAACAGUACACACAAAUGGGACGAGGGGACAUUGGGGAUAACUUCAAUCUAGCUUUAACGUUAUUUGUUUACUUGGCAGAAGCUUCAGUUGUAAAUAGGUCCAUGGUAAUUUUGUUAAUACAAUUGCAAGUGACACAGUACAUAUAAAUCUUGGUAAGGGAAAAUCUUCUUUUUUUUAGUUUCUUCUUUUAUCGUAUGAUCUAAUCAAUGAUUUACCACUUGUCAACGAAGCCCAGUGCAAUAGCAUUUGUUAUUUAUACACAUGUAUAGACUUUUGAAGAUAUUACACAAGCAAUAUAGUGUUAAAAGUAUAGCCUGUGUUGAGAUAGUGUCUCACUCAAUAUUGGACUUGGACAGAAGCAAUGUAACGUAAUGACCAGUACAUUAUUAACACGUUCAGGAAAAUUUCGCUUCCUCUGUUAGCAAAAACUCUGCUUUUGGUAGUAAACAAAAGGCAUGUAGUAUGAUGUACAUAUAUUCUUCCUAUGAAAAUAUGAUGUCACGGUAAGUGGUAUACGGCAUUUUGUUACACAUGUGUUCUUCAUUACGACUUGUAUGUAUUGUAUGUAUGUAUUAUAAUCAUUUGUGAUGAUUCUGGCUGCUCGGCUGAGGAACUGCCCAAGGCUAUGGAGGAUAGGAAAGGAUGGAGGAAGAGAGUCAUGGCCGUCCGUGCAACCAGCACGCCCGGAUGAUGAUGAUGAUGUAUGUAUGUAUGUAUGUAUGUAUGUAUGUAUGUAUGUAUGUAUGUAUGUAUGUAUGUUUGUAUGUAUAGUUGAAAUUAGCCCCAUAGAGUAGGACAUGAAUGUACAAUAUAUAUGUAUAAUGAA